UCUAGAUAGGCUACCAGUAUUUAUUUAAAUACUUCUACCCUUAUAUUGAAUGUACGUUAGCGUUCGUGGAGUGCUGCGGCAAUGCCGAGUAAUCCACUCAGAUACUGCCUAGUGCUAAUUUUAAACAUGGAGAUUUUGGCUCACGCCAAUUUCUACAAUACCGAAGUAGCUGAAAGCCACCUUCUCCUCGUCAGAUCCUCCAAGGAGCUACAUACUCCCUCAAAACAUUUUCGGAAUCAAUUUUGCCAACCGUCCUUAGACAAGCAAUGGCCCGACCAGAAUCCAAACUCAAGGCACUUCUCAACGACGAUGUGCUUGAGAUCGAGGCUGCCUUGGAGAAACAGCCUCAUCUCGUCAUUGAAGCACUGAUUGAAGCUUUUCUUCUAUGUCCGAUGGACGAAGGCAUAUUAGCUCGGCUUCAAUUAGGAGACUGUUUCCGCCGAUCCCUUCAAUCCAGCCGGCAAAGAACACCAUAUCGACUACAUACCAUCGUCAGUGAAUGUAAAUCUGGAAGGACGGACUCACAUUCGCUGGAAGGGAAAUUUUAUAACCAUGGUGGUAUUCGUGCUGUAGCUGCUCUCGCAACUGCAGCAACAGACAACAAGCAGGUCGUGACACUACUCAAGCACCUCCCAGAACGGCAUCUGCAGGCACUUCUAAGGUCCAUAGACGACAUCGAACCACACCGCGACUUCAUCUUUAUCGUGGAGACUUUGAGCAGGAGGAAACCGCCAAGGUUAUCAAAGAAGAAGAGCAUUCCAGAACCUCGAUCCCGUCGGCGUUACCAGUGGCCUAAUGGUGCCAAUAAAUCACCGAAUACAUUAGAUGAGCAAGUGCCUGAUCACGGACGGUUUACAGAAUGCUCGGCAAGAAAUUCGCUUUCUAGGACCGGAGCAGCUGAACUCAGAAAACCACUUGAUGAGCAUGAUGUUCCAUGUCCAAGAUCUACCCCUCAUGAAAUUGAGACACCAAGCAAAGCUCCCCCCUGUGAUCAAGCAUCCACACACCGCUGUUACAGCACCCAACCCGCCACUGGCGAUCCUGCUGCAAAUUUGGCAGGAGCCGACUCCGACCGGAACAAAUCACAGAUUAUCUUCUCGGAACCUGUUCCGAACGUGGCACACACACCUGUCACAGGUACACAAUAUCCCCAUAUUGCGGUGGUUCAAGAAAUGAAGGAGAAAGGCACACAUAUUUGUGCGAGCCACGACUGUGAUUUACAGUCUGCGGGAACCGUGCUAACAUAUGCGAUAUCUUAUUAUGAUAAAGAUUCGGACAACUCUGCCCUCGAACAUUAUGGCAUUGACUUAGAUACCUUCAACGCUUCUUGAAAAUGGCGAGCAGGUACAGAGCUUCUCCUGAGG